CUGGACUGUUUUGUUCCGGAACCUACUUGGCCGAAUCCGGUACCUCUCGUGCCAUGAAAAAUAAUUUUCACUUUUUGCUAUGUAACAAUUAUAAUAAAAGCGAUCAAAGUUCAUUCGAGUUGCCUCUUCGUCAAUUAUCCUGCCCCCUCAUCUCUCCAGAGUUGCACUUCAUCAUUUGUUUCCUUAUAGAAUCAUAGCUGCAUGAAGGGUUCUGGAGGAAUUUUCUAAAGUUACGGAAUUACUGCUGUCUGUUCAGAAAUAAAUUAAAUCAUUCAGAAUAGCCUAAUACGUCAUGAGAAGCCCUAUAAUUUAGCUACAGAGGACCAAUGGCCCCUUUUUUAAAUAGCCUAGCUGCGGAUUGUAGCCCAAUAACAAAGAAUAGCCUACAGUCGGGAACGCGAGGCAAAUCUGUCAGUGAAAAAACAGCAGGCAGACAAAACAGGCCUUUUGCAAUAUUUCAAAUACAAUCGAGGGAAAACACAGAUUGAAAAGCAAUGACUCUUGCUGAAAAGAUAAGACUAUGCUGUAGACUACCAAAAUAUUUGAUCAAAACCCAAACAUUGUUUUACAAAACAGAGAGAGGGAGAGAUAGCCUUUUGACACGAGCGCAUCGACAAUCUCCAGCGAGUGAGCUGCGCAUCAUUGGGAUUACUUCCACGUGCAACUGUCAGACGACAAGCAGGUGAGGCACUUCCUGGAGCUGAGCUAUGCUGGUGCCAUCCUUCGGGACAGCUGGGUCCUGACAGACGUUGGCAUCACCCCUAGCAGUGCCAUCUGCUGCCUGCUGAAGCGGGAGCCGGUGGUGCGUGUGUUCAGUGCCGUGACGGGGGAGACCCUCUCAGUCUUGGGCACUGUGUUUCUCCUGAGUACGUCUGUGGCCAGGCUCAUGACCCUGGUGUCCCAGCAGUGUGGGCUUCCCGUCAGCUCCUUCAGACUGAGCUCUCCCACCAGCCUGCAACUCUACGACUGCAACUGGCUGCACGACUACGCCAUUGACCUGGGUAUGGCCUUCCUUGUGCAGUAGAUCAAUGGUCCUCUGGCUCAACACCUUAUGGAUGUAACAUAGAGACAAAUGGACUGUAUGGAACACAUUCUUGGUUCAUGGAAACCAGGAGGACAACCUGCAUGUGUCUCUGUCUCCCAGGGGCUACUCUACGGUUGGACACCUGGGAUGGGUGGGCGGAGUCCCUCAGAGGCUGCUUCCUGGGACACAGACUGACCGUCCAACGACACCUGUCUAGGGAGAGACCUGUGAGGAGGUUCCAGCUCCGGGUGGCACUCUACAUCGCUGCUUCUCUGGGCCACCUGGACCUGGCCGGCUGGCUGCUGGAGAGGGGGGUGCGUGUCAUUGAGCCGGUGGGGGUUCACCCUUACCGUGAGUGGUGCCACCAGACGGCCCACCCCGACGUCGCCAAGUGUCCCGCUGUCGCCUCCAUCGAGCUCGGCCAGCUCACCAUCCUCAAACUCUGUAUCGCCAGCAGCGUUCUGACCCUUGCCUGUCAGGAUCCCCAGGGUCGUGACCCCCUGAGGAUCGCCCUUCAGUACGGCCACAGGGAGUGUGUGAGUCACCUGGCCACCAAGCUGUGCUCUGUGGUGGUCCUCCCAGGUAUGGCCCUGCCCAUGCGGACAUACCUCCAGAUAAAGGGCUGGGUGAGGCUGGGGCAGAGGAGGGCAGCAUCCAGGCACUGCAUGGGCCUCAACAGGGCUCCGUUCAGGACCAGGGUGGGCGACACGGUCCUGGUGGACGGCUUCACCCUCCCCAAGAUGUCUUCCAAGCCCAGGAGGAGUGAGGCCAAGGCGGGUAUCAGGGUGAUGUCCACAGCCUCUCAAAGUUUGACCCCCAUCAACUGCCCAUCUCAUGUAACCUGCCAGCUCCGCGCCCUGGCAUCCCAGGAUAAACCUCUUCAACUACCGAAGCAACACCCUGUGGCCACGAGUGAUGAAAGAGAGAAGAAGAGGGGAUGUGGAGGGAAGGGAUGUGAGGAGGAUGAGAGUGGGGAUCAGAACAGCAACCAAUGGAGGAGCAGAGUCCCGCUCCCGCCCAUUUCCAGAGACACCAAUCUCAGACCUGUGUUUGCCUCGCCAAACUCCGCCCAGAUACUCACCACCUCACUGGAGGCCUUUUCUCUCCACUGCGACCGCACACCCAGAGAAAACGCCAUAUACUGUUUGGCCUUGGCCAGUGAACAAGAUGAGACUUUGGAACGGAUGAUGCCUGAAACAAUGCGGACAACUUAGAAUUUCGUUCCUUUGGAUGAGGCUUAUAGAUAUAGUCAGUACUGUGUUUGAUUUGUGUGCAGAAAGUUUACAACGGCAGGCAGUGGAUUCUCAGUCAUUCCUCUCAAGGAACAAAAAACGUAUCAUAUUUCACUGGCUAUUUGUAGUAGCCAAAUGUGAAUGGAAUUAUUAUUAUUCUAGAAUCAUUCAGUUGACUGAAUGUGACUGUGGUUGUGCUGUAUGUGACUAUGUGGUUGUACUGAA